CAAAUCACUGUUGCAAUCCUUUGUCGGCAUAACGGAAAAUGAGCUGAAGUUUGUCCCCAUCGGGCUGUUCCUAGACACUAGAAGCGAAGCUAAACUGCGUGAUGGCGCCGCAGAAGCGGCUUAACUGGCUUCCUGAUCGGGAGGGGGAAGUGCACGAGGACGUGCCUUUCGUGCAGGCAACACCGGAUGUGGUGCGAUUACUUAUAUUACAAAUGGCGCGCGGUGCCUGGAGCACGCUAGCGCGCCUGCUGCAGCUGGCGUGCCUGUCACUGGACUACAAGCCGCUCAUGGCGCAUGAGAUGGCGGCGGCGGGCGGCACCGGCGUCGUGCUGGACAUUCUGUGUCAGGCGCCGCGGCAUCACCCCGCCUGGCCGGCGCUGUCGACUGCGGGCGCGGGGCUGCUGUCAGUGCUGGUGCGCUGCGAUGGAGCCACCGAGGCCGCCCAGCCGCAGGCGCUGCGGCUGCUGCUGUCGCUGCUUGAGAGCGAGCGCACCUGCGGCCCGGCGCGCCAGGCGGCGGCCACCGCGCUGCACUGCCUGGCGGCGGCGGCGACAGUGCACCGGGACAAGCUGCUUGCUGCGGGGGCGCUGCCGGUGGUGCUGCGGCUGCUGCGACGGCUGGACGUGCUGUGCGACCUGGUGGCGGUGCAGGAGCUGCUGUGGCUCCUGGCGUACCUGACGGACGAGGACGCCCUGCCGCCCGGCACGGCGCCCCCCUCGGGGUCGGGCGCCGCUGGCGGGGGCGACGACGACGGCGGCGGCGGCAGCGGCUACCGGUCUGACGUGGCCGACGCCCUGGCGCCGCUGCUGUUCCUGUACGCGGCGCCGUGGUGGGGCGGCCGCCACAGCCACUUGGCGGCGCUGGCCAUAAGGGCGCUGCACGUGCAGGUGGCGGGGCACGACGAGGGCAAGGAGGCGCUACGUGUGGCCGGCGUGCUGCCGGUGCUGGUCAGCCUGGUGCGUCGCCACACGGCGCCCUACGUCGCCGCCGCCGCCGCGCAGCCCUCCCGCCACUCGGCGACGAACCGGUCGGCGCAGCAGCUGUCGGGCUUCGCGGGCGCUAUGCCUGGCCGCAACGGCGAGGUGGCGGAUGCCGCAGAUGGCAGCGGAAGCGGCUCUGGGCGGGCGGCGUCCGCUGCCGGCGGCGGCGGGUACGGCGGCGGCGGCAGCGGUACCGGGCCGUACUACGCCAUGCAGGUUUCACACCACCGCCCGGCGGCGCACGUGGGGUGUGACAUACACGCCGGCGGUUACGCGCAGAUGGCGAACGGGCACGGCGGCGCCGGUGGGGCAGGCCACGGCACGGGCGGGACUGGGGCGGCGUUGGAUCCAUACCUUCGAAACCCACACGCCACGUUUGGAUCUUGGACGCCCUGGCAGCGGCUGACGGCAGUGCUGCUUAUACACGGCCUGGUUCCUCAGCUGUCGCCGCCACUGCCACGCCAAGGCCAGGCGGCUGCGGCGGCUGGGGCAACAGCAGGCGAGGGCGUGGGGCGUUCGGCAGUAGCAGCAGCAGCCGAAGGUGGGGAGAUAGAGGCGGCCGAGCCUGGCACGCCCUCGCCUGUCAGCCUGUCAGACCUAGAGGACGACGAAGAUGGAGACAACGGAGGCGCCGCGCAGCAGCUGCUACAGCCGCACGGGCAUCUCGGGUCUGCUACAGCCGGGGAUGCUACAGCCGCCCGGGGCAAGGGCCAGAGCCCCGUCGUGGCGGGCGCACGGCUUGCGUGCUACGGCCUGCUACUGCCGGUCCUGGUGGAGCCGAUCGACGUGGCGGCCCUGCCCGGCAGUAGCGGCGCCGCCGGAGGCGGCUCAGUCUCCGGCGGAGCGGGUGCCGCGGCGGCGGCGGUUGGCGGCGCGAUGCUGCGGCGGCGGCUGUGCCCGCUGCGGGAGUGCCUUGCUACAGCCAAGACGCUCAUGUGCGACUGCGAGCCCAACCAGCUGGAGCUCGCGAAGCUGGGGCUGCCGCAGCUACUGGUGCAGCUCGUGGCGCAUGGUGACAUGGGCCUGGCCUGGCAGGCGGCGGAGGCGGCGGUGCUCCUGGCAGAGGGGCCCACGGGGGCGGACCUGGUGGCGGCGGGGGCGGUGGAGGAGCUGGCGGCGCUGCUGCAGGAGUCGGCAGACCUGCUGCACGGCCUCACGCUGCGCAAGCAGAUCCAGAUCCAAUCCGCCCACGUGGCCGCCGAGGCCCACGCCCAACACCACGGCAACGCCGCCUCCGGCGCCAGCGGCGCAGCCGCUGCCGGCGGCGCCGCCUCUUCCGCCUCCGCCUCCUCGAUGCCGCCUGUGCACGUGCGGCCUGGGCCGCGCAGCGGCGGGCGGUGGCGCGGCGCGGCGCAGCGUCUGUUCCUGGUGGGUCGGCUGCCGCUGGAUUUCACCACCUCCGCCGCCUGCCUGUACGGCUCCCACGACGCCGCCGCCUACUGCGACUACUGCGCCCCCUCGGCCGCCAUCAAGGCCCUACUGCGACUCAUGUCAGCCACUGCCGCCGUACAGCCCGCCUCCAGCGGCGGCGGCGGAGGCGGCGGUGGCGGCGGCUCCACCGCCGCCGUGUGCCGCCGCUUCGCGGCGGCGGGCGGCCUGUACGGCGUGCUGCAGCUGCUGCACCACGAGACCACGGGCGUGCACCACUCCAAGCUGGCGGCGGCGCUGCUCACGCUGACGGACCUGGCGCUGCUGCACGACCCCGGGGCGCAGGACGAGCUCCGCGCCAUGGGCGGGCUGGGUGUGCUGGCGGCGCUGCUGGGCUCGCUGCUGCGGCCGGGCGCCGUGGACGUGUACCAGCUGCGGCCCGCCACCUGCCGUACAGCCACACUGGCGCUGGCAGGCAACGCCGCCUCGCAGCUGGCGGCUCGGGAGCACGGCCUGCUGCCGCUGCUGGGUGGACUGCUGGUCGGGCUGGCGGCGGCCAGGAGGGCGGCGGCAGGCCCCGGCGGCGCCGCGGACGUAGUGCUGGACGACGACGCGCCGCUGGCGGUGGCGGCGCUGGAGGCAGUCACGGCCGCCGCGCAGGGCAGCCCUGGAACACAGGACGCUCUGGUGGCUCUGGGCCUGCUGCACCCGAUGGCCGAGCUGUUCCGAGACCCCCGCCUGGACCAGGCGGUCAGGCUGGCGGCGGCGGCGGCGCUGACGGCGGCUGCCGACGGCGGCAACGCCGCCGCGCAGAACGGCAUCCUGGCGCUCGACGUCGUACCCGCCGCCACGGCCUGGCUCGAGGGCCUCUGCGGCAGCGUCUCCUCAGUCGGCGGCGCCGCCGUCGGGAGGCAGCCGCCUGGCGGCGCCGCUGCCGGCGGCGCCGCUGCCAGCGGCCCGGUGGCGCGGGCGCUGACGGCGCUGCUGGCGGCGCUGGUCCGCGGCAACGCCUCAGCAGGCGCGCGCGGGGUGCUGGUGAGCGCGGGCGCGCUGCCACCGCUGCUGCAUAUCCUGCAGUCGCCGCCGGCGCCCGCAACCGCCUCAGCGCUGUCUGGCACUCCUCCGCCGCCUGUCGCCCGGCAAACGGCCCGGAUGCCGUCUUGGAAGGCCGCCGCCUCGGUCAAGUCGUCUGCAGAGCAGCAGCAGCAGCAGCAGCAGCAGCAGCAGCAGCAGCCUGAGUCCGCGGCCGCCCUAGCGGCAAGCGUGCUGGCGCUGCUGGCUGAAGGGGACACUGACAUUCAAAACGAGCUGGUCUCGCAAGGUGCGCUGGCGGCUGCAGCCGACAUUGUGCGUGACGGCGCCGCCGCCGCCGCCGCCAGCACCGCCGCCAGCACCGCCGCCAGCACCGCCGCGCCGGCGGCGCUGGCACUGCUCAUCGCCAUCCUCAAAGGAAACACCUUUGCAAAGAACAGCGCGAGAGCUGCAGGCCUGCCUGCCGUGCUGGUGGCUGCAGUGCGGCAGUGCGGGCUGGCGGCGCGGCGCGCCGCCGCCAGUGGCGGUGGUGGCGGCGCUGCUGCAGCCAUCGCCGCCGCCGCGGCGGCGGCGCUUGCGGAGCUGGCGGCUGGUAACCAUGCCAACCAGGAGGCUGUGGCAGUGCAGGGCGGGUUAGAGGUGGCGGUGGAACUGGUUCGGGAAACGGUCACAGCGCUGCCGCUGCCACAGCCGCUGUUGGACGCGCAUGGCGCAGCCGCCGGUGUAGCAACCACCGUCGCGGGCGCACAGGCUGCGGUGGAGCAGUGCCGGCUGCUGAGGGCGCUGUUUGGUCUGCUGGAGGCGGCAGUGGAGCUGAACGGCGGGAACAAGGACUUUGUGAGGGAGCUGGGCGGAGUUAGCCUUCUGGGUGACUUCCUCAGAGCGGCCUCUGAUUUUGUGACCGCCCCACCUCCGCUGCCAUCAUCCUUGGAGCAUGGAGGUGCGGGAGCGAACGGAGCGGGCACGGGCGUUGCGGGCGGCGGCGGCGGCUUCGGAGUGGGCGUGAUUGCAGGAGUGGAGGAAGAGGACGGCGAGCCAGGCAUGGGAGCGGCGUGGGAGGCCAGUCGGCAGCGUCGCUCGCAGCACGAGGCGGCGCAGCACGAGGCGGCGCAGCGCGAGGCGGCGCAGCGGGAGGCGGCGCAGCAUGCGGCGCUGGCGUUCCGGUCGGCGCUACUGCCGGCGCUGGCGGGCUGCUGCGGCGCUGUGGCCGCGCUCGUGCGUGAGAGCGACGCCAACCUGGCCCGACUCGAGGAGCAGCCGGGCCUGGGCCUGGCACUGUUCAAGCUGCUUGCUGCCUCCGACGCGCCCACCUCAGCCGCCGCCGCCGAGGCGCUCGAAUGGCUGGCCGUGCGUACACCCGGCGCCCUACCCGGCCCGCCCACCCGCGAGUUCUUCGAGCUGGAUCUUUGCGACAUGCUCGUACUCGCAAUGUACGUGCCGUACGCGCCGCCGCCGAUCUCGGUGGCGGCGGCGGCGGCGACAGCCUCUUCGCGGCCGCCGCCGCCGCCGCCCGGCGCGCCCUGGCAUGCGGAGGUAACGGCGGUAAUGCCGAUGGGCGGCGUGACGGCGGGCGGGGUGCGCGACGCAGCGGCGGUGGCGAGCGGCGUGGCGGACGCGGCGGACUGGCUUGAGCAGCAACAGCAGGCAGUGUCGUCGACUUCGUCGUCGACGUCUUCGGCAGCGGCGGCGGCUAAGGGUGCAGUGCUGCGGUCCGCGCCCGCAGCCAAGCCGCACCCGGGGCAGAGCACGCUGCCGGCUCUGGAGGCGCCUCCUCUGGAGGCCCUGGCUGCCGACCCCGCCUCCGGUCUGGCGGUCAGCCGCCAGCUGUCGGGGCACAGCCGGUCCGGCGGCCCCGGCAGCCAGACCUGGUGGGCCAGUCUGGCGGGCUCCGCCGCCGCCGCCUUCCAGCGCGUGGCCAAUGGCGUGUUGCUGCAUGGCGUCGGAGGAGGAGCGGGAGCGGGAGGAGCAGCGGGUGGAGGGGGCGGAGGAGCGGGAGGGCACGGCAGCGGCCUUGCUGGAGGGGGAGGGGCAGGUGGUGCGGCUGGUGCGGGCGGCGGGGCGAGCGGUGGGAUGGAGGCGGGAGGCGGCGGGGCGGCUGCGCUGCUGCCGACCGGGCCGGCAGCGGAGCGGCGGCGGCAGGUGGCUUGGAUGCUGUUCCUGUUAGCAGCCAAGUCGCCCGACAACAGGGCACGCAUCCGGCGCCUCGUGCGCGCCUCGCUCCUGCCACUGGCGCAGCAGCUCGCAAACGCGGAGGCCUGCCGCGCUCAGCUGGAGGCGGCGGCCGUGACACCGGCGGCGGCACCCGCGCCCGCGCCACAGCCGCCCGCGCGGCCGGCGUCAGGAAGCGCGAUUGGGGCGGGAAUGGCGCCAUUGGCCCAUGUGCAGGCUACGGGUCAGGGUGCGUUUGCGACGGCGCCUGCGGCGGCGGUUGCAGCGGCGGCUGCCGCCGCUGCCGCGGCGGCGGCAGCGGCGGGCGCCGGUCCGCCGGGUGUGGCGUCCUCGUCGUCGGCGCCGCUGCCGCUGCCGCUGGCGCCGCUUCACUCGGCGGCUCUGGAGAGCGCGGCGAGUGUGACGGGGCACCGCCUGCCCAUCAGCACCUCAGCCAUGGAGCAACUGGGUGGCACACCGCAGCACCGCAGCUCUGGCGGCGGCAGCGCCGGCGGCGCCUGGCCGCAGACGGUCACCGGCGGCUCCGGCCCGUCCUCGGCUGCCGCCGCCGCGCCGCCAGCGGCCAACGCGGCCCUGCUGUACGGCAUGCCACCGCCGCCGCCAGCAGCUCCGCCGCCGCCAGCCCCGCCACCGCCAGUCUCCCCGCCAGCCGUCCUCCCGUCGGUGGCAGCGCCGCCGCCAGUGCCGUACGGCAGCGCUACCUCGUCACCUUCCGCGGCCCUGUUACAACAGCAGCAGCUGCAGCAACAGACACAGGCGGGCCCAGACUCGGCGGCGCUUCGGCGCUUCGCCGCAGCUGCGGCGGCCGGGAUGGCAUCGGGCUAUCGUGGGAGUGGCAGCGGCGCGUUACCGCAGGACGCUACUGGGGGUUCGGCGGCAGCUGCGGCAGCGGCAGCGGGCGUGGGCUUGGCUUGGUCCUCUCCGGCAGGCAGUGGCACAACCACCCCGCGCCCCAGCCACAGUGGGGUGGGCGGCGUGGGUGGCGGCGCUGCUUGGGAAGGCAGCGGCAGCGGUCGAGGCGCAGCUGGGCUGGGCCAGGCAAGUCCGUUCGCGGCUGGGGCACCGGCACCGGAUGCGGGUGCAGGUGCGGGUGAAUUUGGGGUGGUAGCCGCGGCGGGCAGGGCGCCGCUGCCGCCGCGUCCUGCCCUUGGACCAGCCGCACCCGCAGCAGCACCCACAGGAGGGAGUGGCGGCGGUGCCAUGCCGCGGGCUCUGGGCCCACAGGUCAGCGCGGGCGGCAGCAGCGUCAUGUCCGACGAUGACGAGCUGGCGAUGAUACGGCAGGAGGUGGCGCUGCUGGCGAACACGACGAGCGGCCUGGUGGCCUCGGGCGCAGCGGGGGGUGGCAGCGGCGGCGGCGGCGGCAGCGUGCGCGGCGGCAGCGUGUCGUUGAUGGGCGGCCCGAGCCCGGCGUCAUCGCCCGCGCGCUGGGGCGUGGGGCGGCGCUGAAGGCCAUUUGGGGGCUGGAGAGCCGCAUGCGGUGUAGCUGCGGAGUUUGUGGGAUAGCUUGGGUUGUCAUGUUGGGGGUGGGGCAGUUUGGCGUAGACGAGUUGUCAGCGGCAGGGCGCUGCGGCAUGUUGCACGGCAUACAGCUGGAGGCAUGGGACGUGGGGGAAGGAGCGAUUUGCCCGCGUGUUGUGACAUGCGAAGUGGACAUAUGUAUGUAAUGAGGCGUGGGGCGCGGGCAUCGUUCAGUUGAUUCAGAAGUAUGGCAUGGGCAUCGGCGGCACCCAGACUGCCCAAGAGGUCUGCGGACCAGAGGACUGGCACCUGCGCCGAUCCCGACAUUUAAAAUAUUACAAGCUGCAUCACGGCAUGAGCGUGAGGAAUGCGCGUCAGCAAAACAUCGACACAACCUGCCAGCUACCGUCGGUACAGUAACAGCGCGCGAACGACGCACCAAUGCCUUGUCCCUUCUUGCUACGCAUUUAUGUGGGCACGGGUGGGAGCCACACACAUCGGGACUACGCUUUCCUGCCCCUUGCCAUGUUCCAUCACGAGCAUCACGGCAUGAGUGCGCGGCAUCCCUUCUGGUCGGCCUGUCCCUUCUUGAUGUGACGUGAUCCUUUAUGGUCCCUUGCGAUGUC